UCCUCAAUACUGUCAGAAGGAACAAAAUAAUUGCUAUAUCCGUAUUAAUGCCACAACACACGCCCCGUCUAACAAUGUACUUUAAGGGUCCCUAAUACCGGAACAAUGGAAAUAGUAUACCUGAAACUACUGUCGCUUCCGCCUCCCCUCCCCUCGAGACAGGGCUGGGUUCCUUUCCUUCUACCUGGGCCAGACGCUCAAGGGUGAUAAUGGCGACAUAGCUGCUCGGACUUCAAUCUUAUUUCUUCUCCACUCAACGUCCCUAACCAUGAGCCAACCAACCCGUUCAAAUCGGGGCCACCGAGAGAGAAAUGGCGACCGUAGGCAGCCCCGUGAGCCACACGAUGGGGGGAGUUCAUCAGCUGACAGAACAUCGUCCCAUCAUCCAUAUGACUCCAGAGAAACUCACCAUCAACCCAAACAUACGCAGGGUGUGCCACAUGUUGAAUAUAACAACUCCAAAUGCACACACAUGUGCUCCAGGAGAGGUAUUGUUCUGAUCUGUUCUGUGCUGACCAACGGUUUGGUCCUGAUCUGCGUGGUGGCUGCUCAGAUGGUGAUGUCAGGCUUGUCUUCCAUGGGAGGUCUGGGCAGCAUCAACAUCAACACCAACUUUAACCUGCAAGGCACUGAGCUGCAGAAGGUGCGAGAACUGGACAUGCAGUACAGCCAGAUGAGAGCACCGGGAAUCUACGGCGGCAUUGCCUUCAGCCUGACAAUGGGCGUGGUCUCGCUUCUGUUUGUGGUAGCAGGCAACAAGCCCCCCCACCAUAUGUCCCAUAAGCUUCUUUAUGGAGCACUGGUGUUUCAGGCAGUGGGAGCCGUGGCCUAUGUGGUGGCUGUUGGCCUCUAUCUGCAUUUUGUCAUCAGGGUCAAUGCCACUGAUGUGUGCCAGCAGCGCGAGCGGCUGUAUGCACGAAACGGGUACACUUGGAUGAACUGUGACGUCAGUGGCGCAGAUGCAGCUGUGGCGUUAUUUGGACUCAUUACGGCAAUCCUGUAUACUGCCGGAACAGUUCUCACCAUCCAAACUAUCCGUAGGGUGAAGCGCUAUUUGCAAGAGCGUAAACAACGUGAGGUGAACAGAGACCAGCUGAGAUCCCACCCUCAAAGGGCCCCACUGAGGGCUGAAACCACAUCUGUAUGAAUGAGACAGGCAGCUUUGCCAGUUUCUCUAAAUAUAGUAAUGACCCGAAUAUAAGAUAUUAUUUUUUUUACAUCCAAAAAAGCCUCAAAGUCGUCUCGUUUUUGGGGUCUAGAGAUUUAUAUAAGAGGAACUGCGUCAGAAGUGCAUCUCUGUUCUCGUCUUUCCCCUCUGUGUAUGGCAGAGUGCUCCACAAACUUUUAAAAGUUUAUUUUAGAAGCGUUUCAUGACAUCUGAGCGAGUAGAAAUAGAAGAAUAUAAAAUCUUCAACCAAGCGUACAGCAUUUUGGUUUGGAAUUUUUGCCACAAGCUACUUGAUUAUGUCCAUUUCUAUAUAUUUAUGCCAUACAUACGUUUUUACUGCAAAAAAUAGCAGUGUGGACACUAAACUACUAACUUUUGUUACCGCACUACAAGCAUGAGCGCCAUCUUAAAAGCUUGGGAAGUGAGCAAAACGCCAAUUUUAAGAUAAUGGUGAGUAGUGAUGCAGUCAUCCAACAGCUGUCAAAAGUCAAUCUACUAAUUGUUAUUUCACUAAUACUGAAAACAUGAUUUUGAAAACAGAAAUCGUGGUUUGUCUUAUAUUUGGGUCAGUAUGGUGUACUGUAUAUCUUUUCAUGGCCAUCUUUAUUAAAGACAUUAGUCAACAUGAAGCAGUUAUCUGAAAAUGUACAUGUUUUAUAUUUCGUAUUAAAAGAGCUUUCUUGUGCAUUGAGAAAUAUGCAACAGUUGUGAGAACAUUCACUGGGCCGGUUCGAUCAGUAGGAUCCUCUUCACGCAACCACUAUAGCACCACUCAAUACUGCGAUAACACAAACAUGGAAUAACAGCCUUCAGAAAUAAAUCUGUUCUCUCAGAGAAUAUUAGCAUGCAUCAGUGACUAGGUCACUUUAAGAGUUUCAAACUCAUUGGAGUUAGUUAAACAGUUUACCAAUCAGACCCUCCAGGAUUUCACAAUGUUGCGAUCACACCAAAUCUUGCAAAUUCACAGAAAAUAUGCACCUCACAACUUUGUCCAACCACUACAACUUUCCCACACAUUUUGGACAAUCGUCAUUUUCGAAUUUGUCCCCGUGUAAUGCUCAAACACGCACAUCAACUGUCUAAUUAAUCCAAUGUGGCCCUGCGUCGCCCACCCAUGUCCUACUUCCUUGUUCACACGCAACAAAAAUCAGCAUUUUAGUUAAGCAUAGCGACAGACCAGACAGUGGACAAUAAGGGAGCCUUUGAUGGUGUUUUGCAUACUAUGCAUACAUUUGUGUGAAGUGGUCAUGUGUGUGUAAAAAUUGUAGAUAAGCACACUAAGCCUAAAUUUAGAAAAUGAGGGCGACCCCUGCUAUCUGUUUUCUUUUUUUGUUUUUCCAAGAUACUCAAAUUGAGACACUCAUAAAAAUGUUUUACCUUUGACACACCGCUCCCCUCAGUUUUUCCUCAGUUUUCAGAUCAACAUUUACAAUAAGCAUGACUAUUGUAAUUAUUCUCCUGAACCUCUCGUAAAUAUGAAUCACAUCAGCACUAAGAUGAUAAUGUAAGAUGAUGCAUCAACAAAUGCAAUCUGAGUCAAUGUAGAAGUUAUAUAUAAGUUUCACUUUAGCAUCUCGCAGCAACUAUGGUACCUCCAAUGACUACUGAAAUGUCAAUGCUUGACAUAGAGAUAUAAACAUGUAAAAAAAAAUAUUGUGGGCUUUAACAGUGGUACAUGCGUGCAGUACAUUUUACCCGUAUUAUCGUUAUUUAUAAAUUAAGUGUUGACUCGGGGUGAAUGAGAUGUUUGUGUAAAAACAGCCUAUUUUCAGGGAAAAAAAUUAUUGACCAAAAAUCCGCCAGUGCUGAAUCGCGAGUAUGUAUGGAUCCACUGUAUAUUGAAAAUGGCCGCUGGCAUAUGUGCAUGUACUGUACAUUAUCUUUUACUAAAGCUUGGAUAUACUUUGCUGUAGUCAGUGUACAGCUUGUAUGAAGUGUCAACGUAGUAUGAAGUUCCUUUAGUAUGUUGCUUGAGAGUAUUUACAUUGUAUAGUUAUCUUCAGCAUGAAUGAUUUUUAACUGUGAAAGUUUUCUUAUAUGAAGGCUACCAUUGUUAGUCUUUCCUUACACAAAUACAGGUGUACUUUACUGAAUAAAACGUAUUUUGCAACAUUUUUGUGUGCCAUGUCAGUAAGAUGUAUUUCCUCAGUCU